ACCAAAAAGAAACCUUCAUAAAUAAACACCACCCUCCUCACUUUCUCUCUACUCAAACGACACAGACGACACCUCUCUUCUCUCUCAAACUUCUCUCCCACACAGAAAACCCCCAAAUCUCAAAUCUCACAGCUUUCGAUUUCCCGAUUCGACCCACAAAGACUCGGCCUUUGCUCGACCAGCCAUGGCUUCAGUCAGCGUCGAUACCAAGCCCGUUGAGGCCGCGCCGGAGGAGACCUGCUCAGCAAAGCUCGCCGCCUCCAAAACCGGCGAGGGGCUCCGGCCGUACUACCUCCAACACAUUCACGAGCUCCAGCUCCUUGUCCGCCAGAAGACCCACAAUCUCAAUCGACUCGAGGCUCAGAGGAACGAGCUCAAUUCCAGAGUGAGAAUGCUCAGGGAAGAACUACAGCUUCUUCAGGAGCCUGGAUCAUAUGUCGGUGAGGUUGUCAAUGUCAUGGGAAAGAACAAGGUUUUGGUUAAGGUUCACCCGGAAGGGAAAUAUGUGGUAGAUAUAGAUAAGAACAUUGAUAUCACAAAGAUCACACCAUCAACAAGAGUGGCUCUCCGCAAUGACAGCUAUGUUCUUCAUUUAGUCCUGCCAAGCAAAGUAGAUCCUCUUGUCAAUCUGAUGAAAGUUGAAAAGGUUCCAGAUUCUACAUAUGAUAUGAUUGGUGGCCUGGAUCAGCAGAUUAAAGAAAUUAAAGAGGUCAUUGAACUUCCAAUCAAACAUCCCGAACUGUUUGAAAGUCUUGGAAUAGCUCAACCAAAGGGUGUCCUACUUUAUGGUCCUCCCGGAACCGGCAAAACCUUGUUGGCUAGGGCUGUGGCUCAUCACACUGACUGUACUUUCAUCAGGGUCUCUGGUUCAGAGUUGGUUCAAAAAUACAUUGGGGAAGGUUCCCGAAUGGUUAGAGAACUUUUCGUCAUGGCCAGGGAACAUGCUCCAUCUAUCAUUUUUAUGGAUGAAAUCGAUAGUAUUGGAUCUGCUCGCAUGGAAUCUGGCAGUGGCAAUGGCGACAGUGAGGUCCAGCGGACUAUGCUUGAGCUUCUUAACCAACUUGAUGGAUUUGAGGCCUCAAACAAAAUCAAGGUGUUGAUGGCUACAAAUCGUAUUGAUAUACUGGAUCAAGCCCUGCUCAGGCCAGGACGCAUAGACAGAAAGAUCGAAUUUCCCAACCCUAACGAAGAGUCUCGUUGGGACAUUCUAAAAAUCCAUUCAAGAAGAAUGAAUUUAAUGCGUGGAAUUGACCUUAAGAAGAUUGCUGAGAAAAUGAACGGUGCCUCUGGUGCCGAGUUGAAGGCGGUUUGCACUGAAGCAGGAAUGUUUGCACUGAGGGAGAGGAGAGUACAUGUAACCCAAGAAGACUUUGAGAUGGCAGUUGCCAAGGUUAUGAAGAAGGAGACGGAGAAGAAUAUGUCCCUACGCAAGCUGUGGAAGUGAUGUGUUCUUAUGCGUACUUAUUACUGCUUUUACCUGCCAAGUUCAUUAACUGUUGAAAACGCACCAGAGUUCCUUUGUUUGUUUGGGAUCCUUUUGGUACCAAAUUUCAGUGAUUACUAGCUAGACUUGAAUGUCUACAUCAUC